AUGAAGAAAGCGCACACUGAGCCCCUAAAACUCUUCUUCCUGGGAUGUAUCGCUGGUUGGUGGGUAGGCCUCGCUGUUAUCAUCACGACAACUCUGUCCGGAGGGAUCCCCAAAGAAGUGAGGGAUGCAUGGCCGAUGCUCCCCAAGUUGUUUGUGGGCAUAUUCUUUCCUGCUGCUAUCUGGUUUAUCGUCAUUUUCGGAGGAGAGCUUUUCACCGGCAAUUCCAUGUACAUGAUUGUUGGGCUGAUCGCCAAGAGAGUAACGAUCUGGGAGCUCCUGUACAACUGGAGCGUCGUCCUUGUCUCAAACUUCGCUGGCUGCGUUGCUACAGUCUACUUCUUUGGAUAUCUCACUGACCUCUUUGUGUCCGAGCCGACCCACAGUUACAUCACUCAUGUUGCCGAGUACAAGGUUCACCUCAAGCCUGAAGUAGCCUUUCUCCGCGCCAUUCCAGCCAACGCCCUCGUCUGCACGUGCAUUCUUUUUGGAAUGUCUGCCAAGGAUAUGACGGGCAAGUUGUUCGGCAUGUGGUUUCCAAUCUUCGUCUUUGCUGCAAGCGGCUUCGAGCACGCGAUUGCAAACAUGGCGUAUGUUCCCCUUGGGUUGAUGUACGGGGCGAAUGCGGACUACAAGAAUUGGCUGUACCAGAACUUAUUGCUGGUCAUUCUCGGAAAUGUCGUGGGAGGGGGGCUGAUUGUCGGGCUCUCCGACUACUACCUCUUUGACUGGACGAAAGCCGUUCAUCGCGUCAACGCUGCCGUGCUGUCGAAGCUCGGAGAACAAGAGUUCACCGAAGAAAAUCUCCGCAAAGUCUUCGCCUCCUUUGACGAAGAUGGCAAUGGUACGAUCGAGCGAUCGGAGUUUGAUCAGGCUCUCGCCAACAUGGGGGUAAAGGCUCCUAGGGAUCUCAUCGACACCUUGUGGACGAAUUCAGACACAGACGGCAACGGCUGCUUGGACUUUGAGGAAUUCUGCGACCUUCUCAGGAAAAUGCGAGACUUUGAGAAGUAUGGCCACGAUGAUGUGAGGUUUCAAAAGCCGGCAAACAUGCAGGCUUGAGAUAUGCAGUAGCGGCUUUGAUAGCUGAUCCGAUGAUUUUAUAUUCAUCGUUUUGUGACAUCCCUUUCGGGAUUCAUGCUUUUUUGCUUAUGCUGAUUUGAUGUUUCCAACCUUAAAUUUAGUUGCACAUUUAGAGAACAAUAUCUUCGAGAUUG